AUGCUACUGCCACGUGUUUUCUUCCCAGAGGCGCUACGCCGCGCUGUGACGUGGCACGUCGAGACAUCAGGCGACUUCCUCGUCGGCUCGCCCCAGCCGUGGUUCCUCUCGCUCGUCAUCUCUCAGUUCCUGCUGCAUGUGCCCUUUUUCCUCGAAGCCAUCUACGCCUUUUGCACUGGCAGGGAGUGGAUCCGCGUGCCGGCUAUUGCCUACUCUGGCCAUGCCAUCACCAACAUGAUCCCCAUUCUCUCCGAGAUCUCACUGAGCCCGUCCCCCUGGUCCACCCGUCAGAAGCUGCUGGCCGUCUACCUGCCCUUCCUCGUAGUGCCCUGCCUGCUGCUCGCCAGAGUUGCACUGCCGUCGUCUCUCUUCCAUAAGAAAUUUGUGCAUGCCAAGAAAAGGUUGUGA